AUGGCUGCUGAUAACACCUCGGAAGAGUCCGGGGUUUCAGGGUUUCCCGAGAAUGAUAACAUCAUGAAGUGGUUAGCUACAAUCCAUGGACCGGAAAAAACUGUAUACGAAGGGGAAGUUUACAAACUCUCCUUGGAGUUCGGAAGCUCGUAUCCCUAUAAGCCUCCAGUCGUCCGUUUUAUAUCACGCUGCUUUCAUCCAAACGUCGACGCUAUUGGCAAUAUCUGUUUGGACAUCCUGAGAGAGGAGUGGUCAGCCCUCUACACUGUGAAGAGUAUUCUUCUGUCGAUUCGAAGUCUCCUCGGUGAGCCAAAUAACAGGAGUCCGAUGAACAACCUAGCAGCAGCGCUCUGGUCAGAUCCAGAGAAGUUUCGAAAGGCUCUAAUCGAGUACCAAUCUGGUAACCUCGAGCAUUAA